AUGGCUACCACCGCCGUCUCGAGCAUCACAACUCCGCGCCUCCUCCUCCGACCAUUCGCACGCUCUGACACUGCCGCGAUUGCCAGCCACUGCGGUGACCUCCGCGUCGCGCGCAUGUGCCGUGUGGUGCCUCACCCGUACGGCAUCGCCGAGGCGGAGUUCUUCGUGGACCAGGUCUGCUCGCGCGCUGACGGGAGGAUUUACGCGAUCGUGCUCGGCGGCCACGUUGUCGGCUGUGUCGGCCUCGAGUCCAUCAGCGGCGAGAGCGCGACGCUGGGCUACUGGCUCGGCGCCGAAACUUGGGGACUGGGCGUGGCGACGGAGGCGGCGGGCGCGCUGAUCGACCAUGCCUUUGGUGGGCUGCUGGACGGCCUCGAGCGCAUCGAGAGCGGCUACUGGUCGGAGAACGUCGGGUCGGCCAAG